UCACUUCCUGGCAGAAUCACUCGCCACAUUUUGCUGCGGCUCGUGACGCAGGGAGACGUGUCAGCGCUGCAUCUUCCUUCUCAGGUUUGGAAAUGUGUUUAUUUUCCGAGCGGAGGACUGCAGGGGAAGGCACGCGAGGUUACAGUAAAUGUUGUGAACGUGACAAAAAGGAUCUUCAUCACUGGUGUGAGUUAGAGCCGCUGCCGCUGCGUUGCUGUGUGUUGAGGUAAUAUGCAGAUAAACACUGACUGCUGCAGCGCUGGAAUGUGGAAAAACAUUUAAUUUCCAGACUUUUUUGAUGUUUCUUUUUUAAAUAAUCUUGUUAAAAUGCAACAGAAUCGAUUUGUAAGAAGUGUUUAAACCACAUUAUGGGAACGCUGGUCCAUUAUGGGAACUGGUUUCCAGUUUGAGCAGCUUAACGUCUGACUCACACACUCUUGUGAAGUUGGACCUCCUUCUCCUAACUCCUUUAUAAAAGCACCAAACUUCCUUUAAUCCAGAAGCCGCUCACAGAGUCAAGAAUUUCAUAUUUAUUUUGACUAGCUAUUUAUUGUUAUUUAUUUUGUAUUUAUUUUAUUUAACAUUCCCUUUUAUACCUUUGUCGAAAUGUUUUUGUUUCCAGAUAAGCGCCCUUCCUGCCCGUUCCUCUUCCUUUUCUUAAUCCUCUCUCUUCCCUUUUCGUGGUCGUUUUACGUCCCAGAAUCCAACCCGAUCUUUGCCUUCAGGAAUCAGCUCAGAGAGGUGCGUCUCUACACAGACAAUCACAGACGCGGGUUGUAUGUGGAGAUGCAUCUGGAUGGGAGGGUGACUGGAAGUGAUGCUCAGAGUCCUUAUAGUGUGUUGCAGAUAAAGUCCGUUAAACCGGGUCAUGUGGUCAUCAAGGGACAGACGUCAUCCAUGUUUCUCUGCAUGGACGACUCCGGGAAUCUAAGAGGACAGACAGCCUAUGACGAGGCCGACUGCUCCUUCAGGGAACUGCUGCUGGCUGACGGAUACACCCGUUUCCUGAGCUCACAACACGGCGUCCCUCUAUCGCUGGCAUCCAGAAACUCUCCGGAUCGACACUCGGUUCCUUUCACAAGAUUUUUACCUCUCAGGAAUACUUUAAUGGUUUCGGAAGAAUCAACAAAAACUCAGCGGGACUUCAACCUGGACUCGGAUGACCUUUUCGGGAUGGGUCAGAACGCGGUGGUCAGUCCUCAGCUGUUCGUGGACUAAAAUACAGAACCACAAAGAAACCAGAACUGUUUGGGUUUUAAAACUCUGAUACAUGAUUGUCUUCUAAUUUAUUAUUAUUGUUGGUUUUUUUAGGAUUCUUAAAUGUAAUGAAUACUGAACUAAGUUAUUUAUUUAUUUUGGUGUCUUAUUUAAAGCUUAUUGGAAUUUUUAUUCAUUCUGGGAAUUGCUCAGAUCUUUUGAGAAAAUAUGAAUAAAUUCUGGAGUUGUUUUUGUGCAAUUCCACGUUUUUCUUUUUGGUGUUUCCAAUGCAGAGCAGUCGGUGCUCASUAACUUCCUGUGCAAACGUGGACAAAUGCCAGUGUAGGAGCAGGGCGCCCUCUAGUGGAAGAAACUAAUAAUGAGCGCAAAAGUUUGAUUUUUUAUUUUUAUUUUUGCUCAUUUCUGUCUGAUUUGUGAUUCAGGAAAGAGAAAAAAAAU